AACCAUAGGAGGAGUACUAUAUAAGCAAUUGUAUCGACUUCGUUGUCAGAUCGUAUAGCAAAUUCUCUCUUCAUAUCUCUGCAAAUCUCUCUUAUCUUGCUGGAAUCUGAAAUGGGAAGUACUGGGCGAGUUUUGUUUUCGGUCUUGGUUGUGUUUUGUAUUUCUGCAGAGCCAAAUUUGGCAAAUCAGUAUGCUGUCGGUGACACCUUAGGUUGGGCGCCGUAUGUGGAUUACCAAUCAUGGGUUGGUGGGAAGACGUUUACUGUUGGUGACACCCUAGUGUUUAACUAUGGACCAACGGAUACAGUUGAUGAAGUGAGAGCAGCCGAAUAUUCUAGUUGCGCUUCGGAUAAACCCAUCACCUCCGACAGCAGUGGAUUAACCAAACAACUUCCCUCGAACUCCCAGUCCCAUCCUUUGAGUCCAUCUGGUCUUCGUAACUUGGCAUCCACAAGUCAACUACUAUUCCCUCUGCAGUUGAACCUGUUUUAACAGUGCGAGUGUUUGUUGCUAAAAAAUGGCAUAGCUAAAAAAAUUCUGGCCAGGGUUUCUGACAAUGUGAAGUGUAGAAAAUCUGAUAUCAAAAACUUAAUGAAAUAACACAAAACU